AUGCAAGCAUCUCGUCGUCGGGUCUUGCGUUGGGCUUCCUUUCGCCCAGCAUGGAAUCGAAUUCCUGCAGCAGGCCUGCAUGAUCCUCUAUGCUAUCGCAUGGAAAUUCGACCAUCUCUAGUUGAGCAGCAAGGCCUAAGGCUCAGCCGAAGCUUUACUUCCUCCUCGCCCAGCAAGUUUAUGCUUGAUGCCGACUCUACAAUCUAUGCUCUAUCCACAGCCCCAGGUCGAGCUGCAAUUGCAGUUGUUCGGGUCUCCGGCCCAGCAUCUGUCUCGAUAUACAACGCAUUAUGUCCGGAAACAUCCCUCCCGAAGCCGCGUCGCGCAGCCCUACGUACUCUCUACGAUCCAUCCCAACCACCGUCCACAAACACGGUCCUGGAUGCCGGCGCUCUCGUCCUCUAUUUCCCCGCGCCGAAAACCGUCACAGGGGAGGAAAUCAUGGAAUUUCACAUCCACGGAGGUCCGGCAAUUGUCAAGGCGGUUCUUGCAGCCAUUGCACGUACCAACAAGACAGAUGCUGUUGUGCGGUAUGCCGAACCGGGCGAGUUCACACGUCGCGCAUUCAUGAACGACCGACUCGGUCUGCCACAGAUCGAAGCUUUAGGUGACACCCUAUCGGCGGAUACAGAGCAACAGCGACGGCUGGCAGUACGGGGCUCUAGUGAUGCACUGCUGAAGCGAUACGAACUCUGGCGACAGCAGUUGCUAUAUGCGCGCGGUGAGCUAGAGGCUCUAAUCGACUUUUCAGAGGAUCAACAUUUUGAUGAGUCGACGGAAGAAUUAGUCUCCUCUGUGGCUACGCAAAUCCAGGCUCUACAAGUUCAGAUUGGCUUUCACAUUCAGAAUGCCUCAAAGGGUGAGCUGCUCCGCAAUGGCAUCCGAGUCGCCCUUUUGGGUGCGCCAAAUGCGGGCAAGAGCUCGCUUUUGAACCGCGUUGUUGGAAAAGAGGCAGCGAUCGUCAGCACCGAGGAGGGUACGACUCGCGAUAUUGUGGAUGUCGGUGUGGAUCUAGGCGGCUGGUAUUGUAAGCUCGGGGAUAUGGCCGGCAUUCGUGCUGAGACAAAAGGAUCUGGAUCUAGCGGAUCCAUUUUCAUUGGUUCGGUUGAAAAAGAAGGCAUCCGGCGGGCAAGGGCAAGAGCGUUAGAGUCGGAUGUUGUCAUUGUGGUUCUCUCGCUCGAAGAUACCGCAAAUGGUGCCCAUCUAUCCGUAGAACCCGAGGUUCUUGCGGCGGUGAAUGACUGCGUAGAGGCCGAGAAAUGCCUCAUCGUCGUCGUCAACAAGUGUGACAAGCUUUCCUCUUGGAGAAGCGAUGGUAUUCUACCGCGCGAAUUGUCGGAUAUUAUUCAUGACAUCUUCCCAGCCGUUCCAACAAAUCGCAUCUUCUCUAUGUCUUGCGAUGAGGCACAGAACGCAUCCUCUUCUCUGACUCAGGUCGAUCCUGGCCGGCUCCAAGGAUUCUUGAAAGGUCUGAUCUCGACUUUUGAACAGAUCGCUUCCCCAUUGGGCAGUGAAGAAGGCAGUCCUCAAUACGACAUCUCCUACUGGGAAGAUUCAUUGGGUGUUACUCAUCGACAGAGCUCUAAUCUACAGAAAUGCCGUGAGCACCUUGACGACUUCCUCUCGCAGGCUUCUCCCACUCCCACUGAGGCCGACCCUUGUUUUGGCAUCAUUCCUGACUCUGUCGAAGUCGACAUCGACAUAGUUACAGCUGCUGAACAUCUACGCUCUGCGGCGGACAUGUUAGCCAGGAUCACUGGAAAGGGCGAGAGCGGCGAUGUAGAAGAUGUUUUGGGUGUGGUUUUUGAGAAGUUCUGUGUCGGUAAGUAG